AUGGCAACUAGUGGGGCAUCAGAGAAGGCUCCUUACUCCUCUUCUUGCUCUUCCACUUGCUCUUCUUCUUCUUCUUCUUCUUCUUCUUCUUCUUCUUCUCAACUUCUAGCCCUAGAGACGGGUGAGGAAGGCCCAAGGGAGAAGUCCUACUCUUCUUCCCAACACCCAGUCUCCAAGGUGAACAAUGAAUCCACAAACAACUCAAAAAAUAUGGUACACAGGCCUACCGAAGAGGAAGAAGGCCCUGCUGUGGAGCGUGAUUCACUCGAGAAUGACGAGGGGAGUCCGAGCCUGGGAGCAAAAGCAGGAGGAAGCCGAGGAACCUCUAGAAUGGCUGAGUUGGGAAUGUCAUAUUCAGUCUGGAAAGCUCGAAGAUCUGCGCUAGUGACUAACGAAGGCCAGUGCUUCCUUGCGAAAUAUAGGGGGACGGACUCGAAAGAAGCUUUAAGGGCCAUGGGAGUGACUGAAGGUGACAAGAAGGGGACAAUAGGGACUGUUGGAGAAGUGGAGAGGAAGAUGGUGGCUGAGAAGAAUUUGGGAAGAAAAUGA